UCCUAUUCUUGUGAUGUUUAACACCCUGUUCUUGUGAACCUUAACACCCUGUUCUUGUGACGGUUAAGCCUCUGUUCUUGUGUGUUAAAGCUCUAGUUCAGAAACAGGAAUUAGGAUUGUUUUUUUCUUGUGAUGGUUACUUGCUAUAGUUCAAUAAACAGGAAGUAGGACUGUUUUUUUGUGAUGUUGUUACCUAUUCUGUGUGUGAUGGGUUUCUAUGUCUCUGUUAAAUUGUCUAGAUAAAUAGAUUCGACAAGGCACAGUGGACAGAACACAAUACUAGUGUGUUGUGUGACUUGUGGGUUGAGCAGAUUAGAUCAGGCAACUGUCCAAAAGGAUCAAUUACUUCAAGGGGUUUGAGGAUAGUAGUUGAUAAGUACCAUAUGGCCACUGGGCUAAGACAUCAACAUUCCCAGAUCAGGAACAGGAUUAAUCAAUUGAAAACAUUGCAUACUUUCUGGAAAGCAUGCAAUAAGGAUACUGGUCUUGGAAGGCAUGCGGAUGGUACUAUAAUUGCCUCAGAUGGGUGGUGGAAAACUAACACCAAGGGCAAAUUUAGUGAGUGUAAGAAAUUUCGGUAUGGUGUUCCACAUUACAUAGAUCACCUAGAGGAGAUGUUUCGUGAUGUUGUGGUGGAUGGCUCUACAUCUUUUGUGGCUGGUUGUGAAGAGGAGGAGGACCAAGAUGUUGAUGAUGUAGGGGAAGAUGAUCAAUAUGGUACAGAUGGGUUUGUCAAUGCAUAUGAAGACAGCCCAGUGAGCAAUACCAGCAAGAAGAGAGGAAGUAGCACCAGCACCAAGUCCACUGCCACUAGUCCUGGAAAGAAAAGUAAAAGCCCUUUGAUGAAGAUGGUGAGCAGCCUAGUUGAGAAAUUGACUACCUCUGACAAAGAUGAUAACCUCUUAAGGACUGUGGGGGAGAAUAUUGCAACCAGCCUCAAUGAGAAAAGACAGAGGCUCAACCCUAUACAAGAGAUGGGUCAAUCUGUUAAGAAGUGUCAACAGCUGGCUUUGGAAUCUGGAGCAACCCCUGAAAGUGUAGAGUUCUAUGCAUGCAGGCACUUAUUCAAAGAUCCAUAUGAGAGGGAAUUUUUUUGCAACAUACCAACUCCUGAAGGAAGGCUGCGUUAUUUGAAGAGAUUUUGCAAAGAAAACAAUCUUGUUGAGUGAAUGUGGCUGUUUUAGGAGUGAAUGUUUGGUAGAAGUAACUAGUUGUCCUUAGGAGUGAA